AUGGCAACUGCUGAACGUUGUGAGGGCCAGUACCCUCUACCGUCAUCCGUCUCGUUCUCCCUGCCCCUGGAGGCGGCAUUGAGCCGCAGGGAGCAAGUUAUCUUGCCUCCCUCAGUGCCGGCACGCCUCCUGGCGGAGGAUGAAUGGGGGGAACUAAUGAGGAAUCGUUAUUCCGCUAGGGACCCGCCCGCCCCAGACCCCCCCAAGCUGCGCUGCAAGCGCAGUGGCUUGCUGCCAUCGGCUGGCAACAAGUCAACCAACUUCUGGGAGCGUAUGCUGCAGAAGCGGCGCCAGAUUCGGCGGGUCAACCAGGCCCGCAAGGCGCGAGGAUGGCGGCGCUCGCUUCACCCCAGCCGUGAUGAUGACCUCGUCGCGGCUGCGCAUGAACCGAGCCACAGCUCUCCUGGCCUGGCAACGACCCACGACGAAGAAGAUUCUGUUGUUUACCUUCCUCCCCCUAAUAGUCCUGCUUCUUCUUCUCUGCACUCGCCAUCCUCCUCCUCCUUCUCCCAUCUCGCCUCUUCAGAGGAAUCUAGUCCUGGAGGCCAGUUCUCCUUCUUCCCUUUGGGAAUCUCUUCCCUCGCCGCUCACAGCUCAACCAACACUCUGGACAGGGCCAGUUCCCAGAGCUUCCAGAGCUUCACGAGCGAGCAGGUCAGGGAAUUAGAUACCAUCGAGGAGACGAAUGCCUCUUGCCCACACUCAUUCCACGACAGGAACUGCUCGCUGACGCAUGGACAAGACGACUUCGACAACCUCUCUACCUACUUGGAGCUCCCACCGGAGGAUCAACACGACGUCGCUCCGCGGCAGACUGAAGCAGGCAAGCAUCGACGGCACCCCGACCCCCGUGUAUCAAACCUUACGUGA